CGGGUGUGUCACCGAGCCUGAGCUCAGGGCCGUCCUACAAAACCCCCUCACCCGCCGGCCGUCCCCCUCCUCUCCUUCUCUCUCUUCUAAGCCUCGUCCUCUCCCCUCUCGCUUCCUAGUAUUUACUACGUCCAGCUACCUAUUUUCUGCGCUACUGGGUGUUAUCGUGGCCAAUUCGUGAGCUGGAAGAGCUGUCGUGGUAUCUUCAUACCGACAAGCGUGCUCAUUACCCCACCACUCCCCAAGACCCCGCCAUAUCGCCGACAAGCUCCCCCCCCGCCAGAGCUUCUUCGCCUUCACCCUUCUGCCUCCAUCACCACCAAUCCCUCCAGCAAUCGCCCAAAAUGGCCGCCGGAGCCCCCCAGCAGCCUCUCACUUUCAACGAUGUCUUCGAGGAUGAGGAGUUCGAUGAGCCCAAGGCCGCCAACACGGUCCACCACAUUCGGGCCAACUCCAGCAUUAUGCACGUGAAGAAGAUCCUUGUUGCCAACCGUGGUGAAAUUCCCAUUCGUAUCUUCAGAACUGCUCACGAGCUUUCGCUGCACACCGUCGCAGUCUUCAGUUAUGAGGACCGCCUGAGCAUGCACAGACAGAAGGCCGACGAGGCCUACGUCAUUGGCAAGCGUGGACAGUAUACCCCUGUCGGCGCCUACCUGGCCGGCGACGAGAUCAUCAAAAUUGCCGUCGAGCACGGUGUGCAGAUGAUCCAUCCUGGUUACGGUUUCCUGUCCGAGAACGCCGAGUUCGCUCGCAACGUUGAGAAGGCUGGCCUUAUCUUCGUCGGUCCCUCCCCCACUGUAAUCGACUCCCUCGGUGACAAGGUCUCUGCCCGAACCCUGGCUCUGAAGGCCAACGUGCCCGUCGUCCCUGGUACCGAGGGCGCUGUCGAGCGGUUUGAGGAGGUCAAGGACUUCACCGACAAGUAUGGCUUCCCCAUCAUCAUCAAGGCCGCUUACGGUGGUGGUGGCCGAGGUAUGCGAGUCGUCCGCGAGCAGGGAACUCUGAAGGAGUCCUUCGAGCGUGCCACCUCCGAGGCCAAGACUGCCUUCGGCAACGGAACCGUCUUCGUCGAGCGCUUCCUUGACAAGCCCAAGCACAUUGAGGUCCAGCUCCUUGGUGACAACCAUGGUAACAUUGUCCACCUGUACGAGCGUGACUGCUCCGUCCAGCGACGACACCAGAAGGUCGUCGAAAUUGCUCCCGCCAAGGAUCUCCCUGCCGAAGUCCGAGACAACAUCCUGGCUGACGCCGUUCGAUUGGCCAAGUCUGUCAACUAUCGCAAUGCAGGCACUGCGGAGUUCCUCGUUGACCAGCAGAACCGCUACUACUUCAUUGAGAUCAAUCCUCGUAUCCAGGUCGAGCACACCAUCACCGAGGAAAUUACUGGCAUCGAUAUCGUUGCCGCUCAGAUUCAGAUCGCUGCUGGUGCUACUCUCCAGCAGCUUGGCCUGACCCAGGACCGCAUCUCUACCCGCGGUUUCGCCAUCCAGUGCCGAAUCACCACUGAGGAUCCCGCCAAGGGUUUCCAGCCCGACACUGGCAAGAUUGAGGUUUACCGCUCGUCUGGUGGCAACGGCGUCCGCCUUGAUGGUGGUAACGGUUUUGCCGGUGCCGUCAUUACUCCCCACUAUGAUUCAAUGCUAGUGAAGGCGACUUGCCACGGGAGUACUUACGAAAUUGCGCGUCGAAAGGUUCUCCGAGCCUUAAUCGAGUUCCGUGUUCGCGGAGUCAAGACCAACAUUCCUUUCUUGGCUUCUCUCCUGACCCACCCUACUUUUAUCGAUGGCAACUGCUGGACGACUUUCAUUGACGAUACUCCUCAACUUUUCGACCUGAUUGGCAGCCAGAACCGUGCCCAGAAGCUGCUGGCUUACCUCGGUGACGUUGCCGUCAACGGCAGCAGCAUCAAGGGCCAGAUUGGCGAGCCCAAGCUCAGGAGCGAGAUCAAUGUGCCUGAGAUCAUUGCCAGCGACGGUACCAAGGUUGAUGUCACCCAUCCUUGCCAGAAGGGAUGGCGCAACAUCAUCCUCGAGCAGGGCCCUAAGGCCUUCGCCAAGGCUGUUCGUGAUUACAAGGGCUGCCUUCUCAUGGACACCACCUGGCGAGACGCCCACCAGUCUCUGCUGGCCACGCGUGUCCGAACCGUCGAUCUCCUUAACAUUGCCAAGGAGACCAGCCACGCUCUCUCCAACUUGUACUCCCUUGAGUGCUGGGGUGGUGCCACCUUCGAUGUUGCCAUGCGUUUCCUCUACGAGGAUCCCUGGGACCGGCUCCGCAAGAUGCGCAAGCUCAUCCCCAACAUUCCCUUCCAGAUGUUGCUUCGUGGCGCCAACGGUGUCGCCUACGCUUCGCUGCCUGACAACGCAAUCGACCACUUUGUCGACCAGGCUAAGAAGAACGGUGUCGACAUUUUCCGAGUCUUCGAUGCCCUGAACGAUGUUGACCAGCUUGAGGUUGGUAUCAAGGCCGUUCACAAGGCCGGUGGUGUUGUUGAGGCCACCGUCUGCUACAGUGGUGACAUGCUCAACCCCAAGAAGAAGUACAACCUCAAGUACUACCUUGACCUUGUCGACAGGCUCGUCGCUCUCGACAUCCACGUCCUGGGUAUCAAGGAUAUGGCCGGUGUCCUCAAGCCCCACGCUGCCACCCUUCUCAUUGGUGCCAUCCGUGAAAAGUACCCCGACCUUCCCAUCCACGUCCACACCCACGAUUCUGCCGGUACUGGUGUCGCUUCCAUGGUCGCUUGCGCCAAGGCCGGUGCUGACGCUGUCGAUGCUGCCACCGACAGCCUGUCUGGCAUGACCUCGCAGCCUAGCAUCAACGCCAUCCUCGCCUCCCUUGAGGGCAGUGAACUUGACCCUGGUCUGGAUCCCCGCCAAGUUCGGGCUCUCGAUGUCUACUGGUCCCAGCUUCGUCUGCUCUACUCUCCUUUCGAGGCUCACCUUGCCGGCCCCGACCCCGAGGUGUACGAGCACGAGAUUCCGGGUGGUCAGUUGACCAACAUGAUGUUCCAGGCUUCUCAGCUGGGUCUCGGAUCCCAGUGGCUUGAGACCAAGAAGGCGUACGAGCACGCCAACGACCUCCUUGGCGAUAUUGUCAAAGUUACCCCCACCUCCAAGGUCGUCGGUGACCUUGCCCAGUUCAUGGUUUCCAACGGCCUGUCUCCUGAGGAUGUCAAGGCUCGUGCCUCUGAGCUGGAUUUCCCCGGCUCUGUCCUCGAGUUCCUCGAGGGCAUGAUGGGCCAGCCCUUCGGUGGAUUCCCCGAGCCUCUGCGCUCCGACGCUCUCCGUGGCCGACGCAAGCUCGAUAAGCGCCCCGGUCUGUUCCUCGACCCCGUCGACUUCGCCAAGGUCAAGCGCGAGCUUGGCAAGAAGUUCGGUGCCCCCGUCACCGAAUGCGAUAUCGCCUCGUACGUCAUGUAUCCCAAGGUCUUUGAGGACUACAAGAAGUUCGUCCAGCAGUACGGUGAUCUUUCCGUUCUUCCUACUCGAUACUUCCUCACCCGACCUGAGAUUGGCGAGGAGUUCAACGUCGAGCUCGAGAAGGGCAAGAUCCUCAUUCUGAAGCUCCUUGCUGUCGGUCCCCUCUCUGAGAACACCGGCCAGCGUGAGGUCUUCUUCGAGAUGAACGGCGAGGUCCGACAGGUCACCGUCGUUGACAAGAAGGCUGCUGUUGACAACAUCAGCCGACCCAAGGCUGAUCCUAACGACUCCAGCCAGGUCGGCGCCCCCAUGUCUGGUGUUCUGGUUGAGCUCCGAGUCCACGAGGGCUCCGAAGUCAAGAAGGGUGACCCCCUUGCUGUUCUGUCUGCCAUGAAGAUGGAAAUGGUUAUCUCUGCGCCCCACAGCGGUAAGGUUGCCCACGUCCAGGUUCGCGAGGGCGACUCCGUCGAUGGCUCGGACUUGGUCUGCCGAAUUGAGAAGGCUUAAUUGUCUUUUACGUUAAAAAGUGAGCAUGAAAUAACGCGUUGUGUUGUUAACAAGGGAGGUGGGUGGAUUGGUUAGGGCUUAAGGUUAAAUUGCUGUGUAUCCCACUGGAAGUCGGCUGCUGGGAGAGAGCAAUGGUUUCGGCGCGAGGGAACGAUGUCCUUUGAUUAUUAGUAUUGCUAAAAGGACUUUCAAUAUGAGUACCUACAAUUUUAUAUAUUACAGAAAGCAUCUACAUUUCUGUGACACACAGCCAAUAUCUCCGUCUGUACUGACUGUUGAUGCGGUGGGUGAAAUAAGGAUUAUUCUUAGUAUUUAUUCAUCCUAAUUGUAAGAAUUAUUCUUAGUAUUGAUUCC